UAUUCUAUUUCUCGCUGUCGAGGUGUUCGGUUGUCUAGCGGUUAUUUGAUUGUUAAAAACUUGGCAAAAAAUGAAGUUCCAAUUGGCUUUGUGCCUGGUCGCCAUUGCGGCCGGCAUUGUGGUUGCUGAUGAAAGCAAAGGACCCAAAGUGACCGACAAGGUUUUCUUUGACAUCGAAAUUGGCGGCGAAUCGGCUGGUCGCAUUGAGAUCGGUUUGUUUGGCAAAACUGUUGAGAAAACUGUGAAGAACUUCAAGGAACUCGCUGAGAAGCCACAAGGCGAAGGCUACAAGGGCAGCAAGUUCCAUCGCAUCAUCAAGGAUUUCAUGAUCCAGGGCGGUGACUUCACCAAGGGCGAUGGCACUGGCGGUCGUUCCAUCUAUGGCGAACGCUUUGAGGAUGAGAACUUCAAGCUGAAGCAUUAUGGCGCCGGUUGGUUGAGCAUGGCCAAUGCUGGCAAGGACACUAAUGGCUCGCAGUUCUUCAUUACCACCAAGCAGACCAGCUGGUUGGACGGACGUCAUGUUGUCUUUGGCAAGAUUCUGUCCGGCAUGGAUGUGGUCCGUAAGAUCGAGUCCAGCGCCACCGAUGCUCGCGAUCGUCCCGUAAAGGAUGUUGUGAUUGCCAACAGCGGCUCUAUUCCAGUGCCCGAACCCUUUGCCGUUUCCAAGACUGAUGCCACCGAAUAAACUAUACCCUACUCAGUAUGCAUUGCCGGCGGCAUUUAUACAAAUUUUAAUCAUCUCUUAUACAUAAUCAAUUGAACUAGAAAUCAAAUAGAAAGUUAGUACAUCGAACAUUUUUGAUGCCAGCAAUCGAUUUUUUCCUUAAUCCUUGCCACAUUAUCCAGGCAACGGAUUUUGCAUUUAAAAUUGCAUUGGCAUCCAAGAAUUUUCUAUUUAAAUUUUGUCCUUUAAGCAAAAAUACUCUGCUCAAUUAUUCACAAAUUGUACUGUCAAGAAAUGCAUAAUAAAUAAAAAUAACUAUGUGAUAAAAAAGAAAACAAAA